UCGUCAUCAUGACUCACUAUCUACUUCUAAUUUUAUUUAUAAAAAAAUAUAAAAAAAAUUAGAUUGUUAGCUGCUGCUCUCGAGCUUCCUUCCUUGUUGUUUUUCUCUGGCGACUGGCGUGAAUUGAAUUACCUUCUUCUUCUCAUGGCUUCAUCAUCGUCUUCUGUUAAACCACGAGAUGUUUGUAUAGUGGGUGUGGCUCGUACCCCCAUGGGCGGUUUCCUUGGUUCCCUCUCGUCUCUCUCAGCAACCCGCCUUGGCUCUAUUGCCAUCCAAUACAAGGUAGGUGCUCUCAAGAGAGCAAAUUUGGACCCCUCACUGGUGCAAGAGGUCUUCUUUGGGAAUGUCCUAAGCGCCAAUUUGGGCCAAGCUCCUGCCAGACAGGCUGCUUUAGGUGCAGGCAUUCCAAACUCCGUCGUUUGCACCACUAUUAACAAAGUCUGUUCAUCCGGCAUGAAAGCCGCUAUGAUCGCUGCACAAACCAUCCAGCUGGGUCAUAAUGAUAUCGUUGUUGCUGGUGGCAUGGAAAGCAUGUCCAAUGCCCCCAAGUAUCUACCAAAUGCCAGACAGGGAUCCCGCUUAGGACAUGAUAAUAUUGUUGAUGGCAUGCUUAAGGAUGGUUUGUGGGAUGUCUAUAAUGACUUUGGAAUGGGAGUUUGUGCAGAAAUAUGUGCUGACAAAUACUCCAUAUCCAGGGAACACCAGGAUGGUUAUGCUAUUCGCAGUUUUGAGCGUGGAAUUUCUGCACAAGAUGCUGGUCUCUUUGCAUGGGAAAUAGUUCCGGUUGAAGUUCCUGGGGGACGGGGAAAGCCUUCCUCAAUUGUUGACAAGGAUGAUGGUUUACAACAGUUUGAUGCUGCGAAAUUGAAAAAGCUUCGACCAAGUUUUAAGAAGAGUGGGGGUUCAGUUACUGCUGGCAAUGCUUCUAUCAUAAGUGAUGGUGCAGCUGCAUUAGUGCUAGUGAGUGGGGAGAAGGCACUUGAACUUGGGUUACAAGUAAUUGCUAAGAUAAAAGGAUUUGCUGAUGCAGCUCAGGCACCUGAGUGGUUUACAACUGCUCCUGCCCUUGCAAUACCAAGGGCUAUUUCAAAUGCUGGUUUGGAGGCUUCUCAAAUAGAUUACUACGAAAUAAAUGAGGCAUUUGCUGUGGUGGCUCUUGCAAAUCAAAAGCUCCUUGGCCUUAAUCCUGAGAGAGUUAAUGCCCAUGGUGGAGCUGUAUCUUUGGGACAUCCAUUGGGAUGCAGUGGAGCUCGUAUCUUGGUCACUUUAUUAGGGGUGUUGAGGCAGAAAAAUGGGAGGUAUGGGGUUGGUGGUAUCUGCAAUGGGGGAGGUGGUGCAUCUGCCUUUGUACUUGAGCUCAUGCCAAUUGCGAGAGUGAGACCUUCCAGGUUAUGAUAAUUCUGUGUUGGAUCGUUUUGUUAUGCAAUUGUGCCUUCACUACUAGAAGGCCUGAAUCGAAGGGAGCCAGAUGUUAUGGCGAGAAACAAAUAAUAUGUGAUGACGAACACAUUUGUACUAUAAUACUAAAUUACUAAUAAAGAGUAGUAUGAUUUCUCCUCUUGGCCUUUGGCAUCAAA